AUGGCAGCCAGAAACUCUCAAGUCGAGCGAUCCGGAGGAUACUUUACAUCAAAACGACACAACACUACCUACGAUCAUAUCUCACCAUUGCGACUGGACAUGAGCGAGCGACACAUUCUAGUCACUGGCGCGGCCUGGGACAGUGGUGUUGGGUAUGCUACAGCCACGGCCUUCGCUCGUGCGGGAGCGUCUGCAAUAGCUGUGGCCGAUUUGCACGGUGUGUCAGACGAGCUCGUGAAGCAGCUCAAGGGUGCUGCAGUGCAAGCCGGACGUUCUGAACCUCUAGUGUUAAGCUAUCAGGUUGACAUCACAAAACAGGAGAGCGUCCAGGCAAUGUAUGAAAGUGUCCUAAAAGCAUUCAACGGCAGAUUGGACGUUCUUGUAAACAAUGCCGCCCACAUGGAGCCGAACAAAUCCACCCUCGAAUCAGACCCAGAUGUCUUAUGGCGGACAUGGGAGGUCAACAUCCAUGGUCUCAUCAGCAUGUCUCGUGCUUUUCUACCCAUGUUGUUAUCAACCUCGAGCAGCAGCAGCAGUGGGUUGUGCACCAUGAUCAACGUAGCCUCAUCAGGCGCAUUGAGUGCUCGUCCUACCACCGCAAGCUAUCGGAGCUCGAAACUGGCAAUGCUGAGAUGGACCGAAUCUCUGGCGCUUGAAUAUGGUGGGCAAGGUCUCUUGACAUUUUGUGUAAACCCUGGUGCCAUCAAGACGAAGAUCAGUGAAGGAGCAGCGCCCGAAAGUGUUCGCAACUCGUUUCCAGAUCAGCCCGAACUACCUGGUGAUACGAUCACUUGGUUGGCUGCUGAGCGCAGGGAGUGGUUGGCUGGAAGAUAUGUUAGCUGUCCCUGGGAUAUGGAGGAGCUCAUGACCAAGAAGGACGAGAUUGUUGAGCAGGACAAGCUGAAGUUGAGAAUGGUGUUCUGA